CCUAUCAUUUACUAAUCAAAGCCAUGGCGCUUACCACAUACCUCAAAACCUCUUCAUUUUUUCUUAUAUUAUUCUUAUUAGGUAAUGAUAUAGCGUCAGGCACCAUCUUCACGCUCGAAAACCACUGCACCUACACCGUCUGGCCCGGAACUCUUUCCGGCAACGGUGCUGCCCCUCUCGGCGAUGGUGGAUUCUCUCUACCACCGGGAUCGUCACUUCAGCUGACAGCUCCCUCCGGCUGGUCCGGACGGUUCUGGGCGCGAACUGACUGCAGCUUCGACGAUGCCGGCAACGGAAAAUGCGCCACCGGAGACUGCCCCGGGGGUCUCAGGUGCACAGGCGGAGGUGCUCCUCCGGUGUCGCUGGCGGAGUUCACGAUCGGAACCCCAAGCAGCGACAAGGACUUCUACGACGUGAGUCUGGUUGACGGUUACAAUGUUGGUAUGGGAGUACGGGCAACCGGUGGAACGGGUGACUGCCAGUACGCGGGAUGUGUUACGGACUUGAACAGUGACUGUCCGGCUGAGUUGCAGGUCAUCAACGAGGUGGGAGCGGUGGUGGCUUGCAAGAGCGCUUGCGCUGCGUUUAACACGGCGGAGUUCUGCUGCACCGGCGAUCACUCUACGCCGCAGAGUUGCAGUCCGACGCAAUACUCUGAGAUGUUCAAGAAUGCGUGCCCCUCUGCUUAUAGUUACGCGUAUGAUGAUGCUUCCAGCACUUGCACUUGUUCUGGUUCCGAAUACCUUGUUACUUUUUGCCCAACGGGCUCUUCUUAGUCACGCAUAGUAUAAUAAUGAUUUCAUUGAGUGUAUUCAUUGUAUUAUUUAUUGAUGUAGAAGGGUGACAUAAUAACUCCUCGUGUGUAUAACAUCAUGAUGAGUUCUCAGAUGAAUAUACACAGUUGAGUCAUAAAAUAUUUUUCAUUGGUUUAUUUUUACUUUUCAGGCGGAGGUGUGAAACUUUUUUCUUUUAAUUAUAAUUAUAGGUAUUGAGAU